AUGUUUAUUCUUAUUUUAUAUUAUAUUCUUUUAAUUUCAUUCAAAUCACCAUGUUUAUUAUUUCAUAAAUUUUUAAGAAUGUUUUAUACAAGAAUUUUUAUUAAAGAUGAAGUAAAUAAAAACAUAAUAAAUAAGAACGAUCAUGAAUUAGAAAAUUCAUCUACAACUAUUAAAAAAUCAAAUUUAGAUGAUAAAAAUAUUAAUUUAAAAGAAGAAAUAAAUAAAAUCGAAUAA